GAAUAAUGCUUUCCUAUAGCACUCUCUUUCUAGUUCAUGAGUGGAAAUAUCUUCUUUGAUUUCUCAAAAGACUUUUAAGAAACUUUGCUCCCUGCAUGAUCUGUUUUUUCAGAGUUCAUUUCCUUCUGUUUAUGUUGCUGUUUGCUUUUCAUGUUUAAGUUUUCCUCACACAUAGGGUGAUCCUUGUCUGGCCUUUUACAUUUAAGGGUGAGGUGCUAAAAUGUGAGUGGAGCUGUGUGUGUGUGUGGGUGAUUCUUGUUGACUGAUGGGAAGCUGGACAUUUCAUUGAGGAACACACAAAUGUCACUAUCUGUGGGUCUUGUCUUUUGGGCCAGUUUUCCCAGAGAGAAAUCCUUCUAUUUCCUCACUGUAUACAUACAAGACUGGGUUCCAGAACUGAGGGGAGAAAGCUGUUUAGAAUUCUGGGUGUGUUUGUGUGUGGGGGGAGAGGGUCUCAUUGUUCCAGGCAGGGUUUCGCUCACUCCCGCUAGUUUUAGGGAUAUGUUUCAUUUCCACUCAACAUUUAGGCCUCUUGGAUGGAACAUCUCCAAAUAGUACAGGCUUCUGCUUGGAUAGAGAAACACCAGGCUCAUGGCUGUAUAGGUUCAGGGAACAUCUGGGAUGUGUGUGCUACUAUAGUUAUGUAUGUUACCCAGGGACUCCAAAUGUAAAUCGAUAGUUUAGAAAUAUGUGAAAUUUAUAAUCUCUAUAAAUAUUCAGAUUAAGUGGUUCUUGUUAAAAAAUAAAACUGCCCAGGAAGAUAAUCCUGUGUAAUGGCAGCAGUAUUCCUGUUUCUGGGUUGUACAUUUUCUUCCUCCAAUUUGUCUCUUUCAGAACAAAUUGGAGCUCUGGCAGAUCAGCAUAUCAUUCAUGUGGCAUGCGGCGAGUCCCACAGUCUGGCCCUCAGUGACCGAGGCCAGCUGUUUUCUUGGGGUGCAGGGAGUGAUGGUCAGCUAGGACUCAUGACUACUGAGGAUUCUGUGGCAGUGCCCAGGUUAAUACAAAAGCUGAACCAGCAAACAAUAUUACAAGUUUCCUGUGGCAACUGGCAUUGCUUGGCUCUUGCGGCUGAUGGCCAGUUCUUCACCUGGGGAAAGAACAGCCAUGGGCAGCUUGGCUUAGGGAAGGAGUUCCCCUCUCAAGCCAGCCCGCAGAGGGUGAGGUCCCUGGAGGGGAUCCCACUGGCUCAGGUGGCUGCCGGAGGGGCUCACAGCUUUGCCCUGUCUCUCUCAGGAGCUGUUUUUGGCUGGGGGAUGAAUAAUGCAGGGCAGCUGGGGCUCAGUGAUGAAAAAGAUCGAGAGUCUCCAUGCCAUGUAAAACUCUUACGCACACAAAAAGUUGUCUAUAUUAGUUGUGGAGAAGAACACACAGCAGUUCUUACAAAGAGUGGAGGUGUGUUUACUUUUGGCGCUGGUUCCUGUGGGCAACUUGGACAUGACUCCAUGAAUGAUGAGGUUAAUCCUAGAAGAGUUCUAGAACUGAUGGGUAGUGAAGUAACUCAGAUUGCUUGUGGCAGACAACAUACCCUAGCCUUCGUGCCUUCUUCCGGACUCAUCUAUGCAUUUGGUUGUGGAGCAAGAGGUCAAUUAGGAACUGGGCACACUUGUAAUGUCAAGUGCCCAUCUCCUGUCAAGGGUUACUGGGCCGCCCACAGUGGCCAGCUUUCAGCCCGAGCUGAUCGCUUUAAAUAUCAUAUCGUUAAGCAGAUCUUCUCUGGAGGAGACCAAACUUUUGUACUUUGCUCCAAAUAUGAGAAUUCUUCUCCUGCUGUUGACUUCAGGACUAUGAACCAAGCACAUUAUACCAGUUUAAUAAAUGAUGAAACCAUAGCGGUUUGGAGACAAAAACUCUCAGAACACAACAAUGCAAAUACAAUCAAUGGUGUUGUUCAGAUAUUAUCUUCUGCAGCCUGUUGGAAUGGAAGUUUUCUUGAAAAAAAAAUUGAUGAACAUUUUAAAACGAGUCCCAAAAUCCCUGGGAUUGACCUGAACUCAACUAGGGUGUUAUUUGAGAAGUUAAUGAACUCUCAGCACUCCAUGAUUCUAGAACAGAUUUUGAACAGUUUUGAAAGUUGCCUGAUUCCCCAGUUGUCAAGCUCACCACCAGAUGUUGAAGCCAUGAGAAUCUAUUUAAUACUACCCGAGUUUCCCCUACUCCAGGAUUCCAAGUAUUAUAUAACAUUGACUAUUCCCUUGGCUAUGGCCAUUCUGCGGCUGGAUACAAACCCCAGCAAAGUACUAGAUAACUGGUGGUCUCAGGUAUGCCCGAAAUAUUUCAUGAAGCUGGUAAACCUCUAUAAAGGUGCAGUCCUUUAUCUACUGAGGGGAAGAAAGACAUUCUUAAUUCCCGUACUGUUUAACAAUUAUAUUACAGCAGCUCUCAAACUCUUGGAGAAGUUAUAUAAGGUAAAUCUUAAAGUGAAGCAUGUGGAAUAUGAUACAUUUUACAUUCCUGAGAUUUCCAGUCUCGUGGACAUUCAGGAAGACUACCUCAUGUGGUUCUUGCAUCAAGCAGGGAUGAAGGCUAGACCAUCAAUAAUACAGGAUACUGUAACACUUUGUUCCUACCCUUUCAUCUUUGAUGCCCAAGCCAAGACCAAAAUGUUACAGACAGAUGCUGAACUACAGAUGCAGGUGGCAGUCAAUGGAGCCAACCUGCAGAAUGUCUUCAUGCUUCUCACCCUGGAGCCUCUGCUGGCCAGAAGCCCCUUCCUGGUCCUUCACGUUCGCAGGAACAACCUUGUUGGAGAUGCCCUAAGAGAGCUGAGCAUUCAUUCUGAUAUUGAUUUGAAAAAGCCUCUCAAAGUAAUCUUUGAUGGUGAAGAAGCAGUGGAUGCUGGUGGUGUUACAAAGGAAUUUUUUCUUUUACUGUUAAAAGAACUUUUGAAUCCCAUCUAUGGAAUGUUUACCUACUAUCAAGAUUCAAAUCUCUUGUGGUUUUCAGAUACGUGUUUUGUAGAGCACAACUGGUUUCACUUGAUUGGCAUAACCUGUGGACUAGCUAUCUACAACUCCACUGUGGUUGAUCUCCACUUCCCAUUGGCUCUCUACAAGAAGUUACUCAAUGUAAAGCCUGGCUUGGAAGACUUAAAGGAGUUGUCACCCACUGAAGGAAGGAGUCUCCAAGAGCUUUUAGAUUACCCUGGGGAGGAUGUGGAGGAGACUUUCUGCCUCAACUUCACGAUCUGCCGAGAAAGCUAUGGAGUGAUUGAACAGAAGAAGCUGAUACCUGGGGGAGAUAAUGUGACUGUGUGCAAGGAUAACAGGCAGGAAUUUGUGGAUGCUUAUGUCAAUUAUGUCUUCCAAAUCUCAGUUCAUGAAUGGUACACAGCCUUCUCUAGUGGCUUCCUAAAGGUGUGUGGUGGCAAAGUACUUGAGCUCUUCCAGCCUUCAGAACUGAGGGCUAUGAUGGUGGGGAACAGCAACUACAACUGGGAAGAACUGGAAGAGACUGCCAUCUACAAGGGAGAUUACUCGGCCACACAUCCCACUGUAAAACUAUUUUGGGAAACAUUUCAUGAGUUUCCAUUGGAAAAGAAGAAGAAGUUUCUCUUGUUCCUGACAGGCAGCGAUCGGAUUCCCAUCUACGGCAUGGCCAGCCUGCAGAUUGUCAUCCAGUCCACAGCCAGCGGGGAGGAGUACUUGCCAGUGGCCCACACAUGCUACAACCUUCUUGACCUCCCCAAGUACAGCAGCAAAGAGAUUCUGAGUGCCCGACUGACCCAGGCCCUUGACAACUAUGAAGGGUUUAGUUUGGCCUGAGGCUCCUCAGCUUGUCCAAUAUUUCCCUUCCUUCCUCAAUGUCCACAUUGAGACCUAUACAGAAAAUCAUGGGGAGUGAUUUCUAUUUUUUUAUUGUCUAAGUGGGUUGGGACUUUAAAAUCCUGAGCCUGGUUGAUGUGUUUCUGGGAUUGUAUAGCAGUAAACAACCUUUUUGAAAAAUUAGGGGUUGGGGAUGGGGUAAAAAAUUGGCCCUUGUAUGGGAGGUGUUUUUGUUUUGUUUUAAACCAAACUACCCAGUAUUCCUUGCACUUGUGAAUGUGUUGCACUCUGCUGGAUGAAAUGGCAGUGGAUUUUUAAACUUUCAUUUCCCAAAUAUCUCUCUCAGCCCUGAUCUUUUCUCACAAUGCUUCCUUGUCCUUCUUUUAACUUCUCAUUCCUCUAUGAGAAUGAUUUAGACUGAUCCGUCCUUUCUUAUCUGCGCAUGCAAGAACAUCACCUUCCUCUGUACACUUGGGAAUGCCUCUGGCUUGUUGCAGCCCUCCUUUAACCCAAAGGAGGAAAGGACUACUUCAGAAUCUCCCAAUUCCAAAAAGCUGACUCUGGGUCCAUUAUUUUGGCAGAACUCCUAAGAAUUUAUGGGAGCCUAUAUAAACAUAUCUUGCUUUUAAAAAGUUCUUGAGGGAAUAGCAACUUUCCCAUGGCUGUGCCUAUUUCCUAGACCUUUUAAAAGAUGUGCAGAGCAGCUUAGCAUUCAUUGUAGCUGAGCCUAAUUUUGUUUUCUUGCUCAUCCUUUUCCCUUUGACAAUGAGGUUAAUUGAUAGACCCAUCACCCCUUCCGCUCUCGCUUUUGGAGCAAAUUGCAUUAACUAUUUUGAGUCUCUAUAUUGUCCAAGAAAAGUAGAAAUAAUAAAUUUACUUUCCCCUUUUCUAUCACCUUAUGUCCUCUACUAUUUUCUCCUUGCUCCCUUCCCUAAUUUUCUCCUUUUCAUACCCUGCUCCCUCCCUGAUUUUCCUUUCGUUUCUUCUUUAUUUUAUCCCAUUCUUUGUUACUUGACUCAGUGCUCCCUUCCUCUCCUCUCCUAGUGGAUGCAUGCAGCCUUUUUUUCAAUUUUUAUUUAAAUUGCAAAAUUUUUACUCAGAUUUUUUUCCUCUUCCCUAAUUGCUAAGAUUUAAGGACGUUCUUUAUUAUGAAACUUUAUCACAUUCGAAAUGUUUGUUUACAGUGGGAUUUUAGGGGGGAUUGUGUUUAAAUCAAAUAUAUGUAUUUUAAAAAUAAUGACAUGCUCAACCUUCCUCAUCAUGGAGUAAGAAAAUUCUACAUGAUUAAAGAAUCCAUGUAAGUCUAAUUUUAAAUUCCUGGUAACUAGAGAAAAGACUUAUUUAUAUAAAAUGAAGUAUUUAUGAACUGUGAUAAAGCAUCAAAUCUUGAUGAAGGAUUGUAGAUUUUUGCUUUUUUUGUUUUUAAAACUUAUUCCAAUUGCUAAAUUGGUAGUUUUUCAGUCUUUAUAAAUACAGGAUUAAAAAUAUAUAUACAGUUAUAUGAAAUGUUUAUUUUCUAUGUGUGUGCAUAUAGUUCAAUAUUAUGCAAUAAAUUUGGUGUUUUAACUUAAAACUAUUUCUUAUUGUACUUGCAGAAUGGAUAGAUUGCUUUCAAUAGAAGCAUUAGUUCAUACACUCAGAUAAUGUAAUAGAAGGUCAGAUUCAAUUCCUGCAUAAGAAAGUAGAGCCAAGUGCUGCAGAAAUGGAGAAGAAAGCAGGGGCAAGGAGCAAAUGGCGUUAAGGAAGAAUGAAGUUUCUGAAGGUUGGGAUGGACAAAAAGGUGUUUCUCAAGGAGAGAGAGAGGCUUUAGCAAAGGCUCAAACAUUGGGGCAUAUUUAGGCAAGAGUGAGGAACAGUUUGAAGGGAACAUCAGAGGAAAUAGACAAAUAAUAGUAAACAAUGGUAAGUAAGACUUGGGAGAAAGAAGGUAGAUUUGGGGCUGAGGAACUAGCCUAACAGUGGAGCUUUAGUAGUAGCCAAGUAGGAUUUGUUUCAGUGUUCAGAACCUGAGGGUGGUAAGACCUGAGCCGGGUGUUAAGAAGGAAAAUGUAGAUAGUCUAAAUCUGGAGGUAUUGAGGUGGGAAAGACUGAAGCAGAAAGACAGGAGCUGAGACAGCAGUGACAGUGGCAGCAACAGAACUAGAGAAAAGUGUCUGAGGAGAGGUAGGGGGAGUGAGUGGAGGGGCUAGGAGCCUGCAGGGAGAAGGAGGUGCUAAAAGUGGAUCAGAGACUGGUUCAUUUAAUGAUUGGUGAUUGUUAGGCCACUUAAGCACACCAAAAGUUUGUGAGACACAGCAAAAAAAACCCAAACAAACAAAAAAAGGAUUUUAAGUAAAUUGAUAAAGGAAGUAAAAUGUAUUGUUUUGCCAGAUUAAAUAGGUGGUUUAAAGGUGGUAAAGAGAAUAGGAGCUUUCCAUUAAUAACCUCUAUUUAACAAACAUUUAAUAAUCUACAUAAGUGCUACAUUUGAGGGGUUAAAAACAAACCCCACUACAUUUAAUUUUGCACAGAAAUUGCCAAAUUAUUUUAACUAACUUUGAGGCCUCAGAAUUCUCAUCUGUGAAAUAAGGAGAUUGGAUCAGAUAAUUUCUAAGGUCAUUUUGAGCUCUAAAAUUGUAUAAUUCCAUUACUGAGAAAGUGCCUGAACAUAGAGAUACCCAAUACAUAUUUCUAAAGAUUUGUUGCAUGAAUGAAAUCUUGUGCUGCUUCUAAAACACUAUGAUUUUUGUGAGAUAGUUUCCUUUUCCCCUUCAUUACCAAUGCUUUAGAAGACUUACUUCUGCAUAGGCAUUUCUGGAUUUGCGUACCCACCUACCAACCUUCCCUUCCCUGAAAACUUUUCAGAUGCUUCUUCAUUGUUUUAGUCAUUUAUCACUUUAAUGAAUUCUCUGGCAACUUUAUUGUGAUGGGUGGGGAUCAAUGACAGUGUAAUGAGGCAAUUACCAAAUUCUGAUAGUUCCAUCUACUCCGUGUGAAAGUCUCUUGAUGUUUUAUAUGGUACUCUUAUCAAUAAUCCCAGAGAGCAGGGGUUGGCAAACUAUGGCCCAUGGGCUAAAAUGGUUUUUACAUUUUAAAAGGGUUGAAAAAUUUAAAAAUGGAAGGAUACAUGACAGAGACUGGAUGGCCUACAAUGCCUAACAUAUUAUCUAGCCCUUUACAGAAAAAAACGUACCAAUCCUUAUGAGACCAGACUUGCAAAAAUCACAGUAACAGAGUGAAAAACCUUCCUGAAGUGUUAGGAGGAACUUGAGUCAUAAUUUGAUGUUGAAUCAGAGAGAACAAGUGUUUGGGCUUAUUUGCCUCAGAGGUAAGAAAAUCAAGUUUUAACUAAGAUUAAUCCACAGAAGUUGAUAUUAAUACUAAGGUUUCGACCUAAUAAUAACUAACCUGUAUUAAUUGUGUGCAGUGUACCAGACCCGUUAUGAGAUCCCACACUAACAUUUGCUAUGCACUAACUAGUUUAAUUGCCACCACCAGGGUUCUCCUGGCUCUGCUUUUACUAGCUGUUUGACCUUGGGCAAGUUUCUUAACCUCUCUGUGUCUGAUUUUCUUCCUUUUCAAAAUGAGAAUAGAAAUAGUGCCUACUUCAUGGAGUUGUUGUGAGGAUUAAAUGAAUUAAUGGAAAACAUAGAAUAGCACUUAGCACGUAAUAAGCUCUCAGUAAUUAGAAUUACCAUUAUUAUCCAUUUUUCACAUGAAGGAAUUAAUGUUUAGAGAAAAUAAUUGCUCAUUACCACAAAAUAGUGGGACCUGAACUUGACCAUUAAUCUGUGUUAUGCCCAGCUGCUAGAGAUGGGCAACAAAUUGGACUAAGGCUGCUCAGUAGCCAAAUAAAAAGGAAUGUUGUGACGUGGCAGGUAACUUCUUUGACCACAUAUCUGCAAAGACAUCGCCCUGAGUUCCACGUAUCUGCAAAGACAUCGCACUGAGUUUUGUUUUGCUGCCAGUGUGCAAUUCAGUAGUGACCAGUGCAGUUCUCUUGUCAUUUGCAGUGGGUCUCAAGUGAGGCUGGAGGUCUCUGUGGGUAGUUAGUAGCCAGGAACCAGGUAUGCUUAAUGCCUUGCAUUGCAUAGAACAAUUCCUCUUUAUCCUGCUCAAGACGCCAGUGGGCACUGCUAUGGUUUGACUGUUUGUUUCCCUCUUAAAAUUUAUGUGUUGAAACCUAACCCCCAAGGUGAUGGUAUUAGGAGGUGAGGUCUUUGGGAGGUGAUUUUAUCAUGAGGGAAGAACCCUCAUGAGUGGUAUUAGUUUCCUUAUAAAAGAGAACCCAGAGAGGUGCCUUGCCUUCACUACCGUGUGAGGACACAGCAAGAAGGCACAAUCUGUGAGAAAGUAGGCCCUCACCAGACACCACCAGUGCCUUGAUCUUGGAUUUCCCAGCCUCCAGAACUGUGAAAGAUAAAUUUCUGCUGUAAAUUACCUAGUGUUUGGCAUUUUGUUAUAGCGACUUGACUAGACUAAGACAGGGCCCUUUGUAAAACACUGAGAGAGGGAUGGACUUCAUACCCUUUAGGGGAUCCUUCUCUGUAGAGUUCUUUUUUUCAGAAGACUAACUUUUUUCUUUCAUUAAUAGGCUUUUUAUUUUUGAAUACUUUUUUAUUGGUACUAGUUGCACGUAUUAUGGGGUGCUUGUGAUAUUUUGAUACAAGCAUACAGUGCAUAAUGAUUAAAUCCAGGUAAUUAAGAUAUCAAAAACGUCUAUCAUUUCUUUUUGUUGGUUACAUUCCAAAUCUUUUAGCUAUUUUUAAACAUGCAAUACAUUAUUAACUAUAGCCACCCUAUUGUGCUAUCAAACACUAGAACUUAUUCCUUCUAUCUAAUUGUAUUUUUGUACCAAUUAACCAACCUCUUUUUAUCCCUCUCCUCCUAGUAUUUGCCCAGCCUCUGGUAACUAUCAUUCUAUUCUCUACCAACUUUCUUAGCUCCCACAUAUGAAUGAGAACAUGCAAUGUUUGUCUUUCUGUGCCUGGCUUAUUUCAGUUAACAUCGUGACCUCCAGUUGCAUCCAUGUUGCUGCAAAUGGGAUUCAGAAUGUGUCGCUGGACUUCAAGAUAGGAAGAAUGUUUGCCUUGAGGCUGAUGAUAGUAACCACCCCACCCACCAUCAUCUAUUAAGGAUUUACUGUGUGGUCACUUUACAGUCAUCCAAGUAAAUUUCCAUAAUCACCUGAUAAGAUGGGUACCGCUUUUCAGAAAAAGUAACAUUUCUGGAAGGAUUCAGAAUCCAUAGCUAGAAGAGGUAAUAGGCCAUUGGGAGGGCCUGCUUCUCCUCAGCCCGCCCCCACCCCGUGUGGGUCUCCAUUCUGAAAUUUCCAUUCAGAUGACCCGGUCCUAGGCAGGGACCAAAAUUCCUUGUCAGCUGAGGAAGUCCUGAAGAAACACCCUGAAGAUGAUGACUGUACUGCCAUUGUGGGCAGAUGCACCUUCCAUCUACCUGAGGGCUGAAGGGGAAACCCUUUCACACACGUGAGGAAGGCGCAGCUCUGUGGAAAGGUCACCAGAAUGGCAGCGGCAGCAAAUAGGGCUCCAAUGCACGUUUGCACUUAACUGGGUCCAAGGAGAGCACGGCCCUCCACAGCAAGUUUGCUCUAUAGAAUAAAGUCCUGAGCUUGUUUUUAUCACAGUUAGACAGAGAAUGGUCUCAUGUUUCUCAGUUAUCCGGGGAAGACCAGUGUAUAUUCUCUGUAGAUGAGUGUUGUCUAAUGUAGUGAUUCAUCUCUGCUAGUGUUAGGAAAGCUCCACUACUGUGUGUGUGUAUGUGUGUGUGUCUGUGCGCAGGCGCAUGUGCACACACUGCAAUCUUGACUUUCCAAUUACAAAAUGCCUAAGUCAGGUCACAUUGUCUUCUUCCAGCCAGUUUCUAAGGCAGGCAAUGGAAACAGGAGCCGAUGCCAAAUGGUCUAGAGGCAGAAGGGCCGCAUGCUUUGCAGGGCCAGCUCCAAGGCUGCCUUCCAGAGCUGCUCUUUCUCAGGGGAGAGUAAACUCUCACUGCAGCUGCCAGCCCCCUGUGCUCGGGCGGGGGUCGCCCCUCACAUGGACUUGGAAUCCGUGUCUCUCUUGCUGAUGAGCACCUCCAGGAGCCUCAGUUUUGCCUUUAUGUGCUUGUAUUCACUGUAUUCUUCAGCCAUAGGAGUGCGGUCUUCCUUCUGGACAUUUCUAAUGCAAAUAAAGGAAAAAAGGGUCUGAGGAUCAUUUCCUGUCUUUGUUAGAUACUAUUCAUCGGGCAAAUUAUCAUUGUGUGUAGAAACAUUGCAGUUUAUCAACUUGUACAAUCAGUGUUGCCAAGUGGCCCUUGGUCUUAAGACUGGAGCUGGAUUUAGACAAAUAAUGAAAAUGUUUCACCCAGAAGGCAUCAUGCAACUGAGUUUUUAUAUAAUUAAUCUGGCAUCUUGUAUGACAAGAAGGCUAAGAAAUGCAGACAUUCUCUCUAAGUAUGAAUUCACAUUGAGCUCUCAUACACCAAAAUCCUUUAUUCAUAAUUAAUGUUUUCUCAUUCUUAUAUAUUUCAUCUCGUGAACUUUUAAAUUUUUAAUUAGCAACUAGUCCAUCCACAACUUAGUUUUUUUUUUUUUUUUU